GGUUGAGAGCACUAAGCCUGGCCUGUCCGGCCUGUCCCUGUCAUCCCCAGGCAGACUGAGCUGCUGACAGCUGCUUGUGAGUCUCCCGCAAGGCCCUGGUCCCAGACCGCCGCCAUCUGUCCUCUCAGCCACUCCAGAGCUACGACCUCUCCAUGGCCGAGAAAGAAGAGGAGGCCGCUGCCGCGGCGCCUGCUUCCCAGAAUGGGGAGGACCUGGAAAACCUGGAGGACCCCGAGAAGCUGAAGGAGCUGAUUGAGCUGCCGCCCUUUGAGAUCGUCACAGGGGAGCGGCUGCCUGUCAACUUCUUCAAGUUUCAGUUCCGGAAUGUGGAAUACAGCUCCGGGCGCAACAAAACCUUUCUCUGCUAUGUGCUUGAAGCGCAGAGCAAGGGAGGCCAAGUGCAGGCCACCCGGGGAUACCUAGAGGAUGAGCACGCCGCAGCCCAUGCGGAGGAAGCCUUCUUCAACAACAUCAUGCCAGCCUUCGAUCCGGCCCUGCGGUACAAUGUCACCUGGUACGUGUCCUCCAGCCCCUGCGCGGCUUGCGCCGACCGUAUCGUCAAAACCCUCAGCAACGCCAAGAACCUGCGCCUACUCAUUCUGGUGGGGCGUCUCUUCAUGUGGGAGGAGCCGGAGAUCCGGGCAUCGAUCCGGAAGCUGAAGGAGGCUGGCUGCAAGCUGCGCAUCAUGAAGCCCCAGGACUUCGAAUACGUCUGGCAGAAUUUUGUGGAGCAAGAGGAGGGCCAGUCCAAGGCCUUUGAGCCCUGGGAGGACAUUCAGGAGAACUUCCUGUACUACGAGGAGAAGUUGGCAGACAUCCUGAAGUAGGCGCUGCGCGUAGCCUCACGUCUGCCUGCUGCCAUCAAGAGACAGCAAUGACCUGUGUGGCCAUCUGGGAUAUGCCUGACUUCCUAAUACCACUUGGCACCAGACAACAUUCAACACCAGUGAAUCCUACUACAUGUGCCCUCCAAGGACUUUAAAUACACUUCUCGUGCUUUAAAUUA